GUAAAGCAGCCGUUGCAGCGAAGAAGACAAUAAGGAAGCGAUGAUGUAGUUUAACACAGACAGCACGUCUUAAAUUACUGGCAGUGUUUGCUAACCUCAUCAAACAGGAUAGGUGGCUCAAGCCGACGAGAGAAACACGACAGGCAACUUCUUUCGUGUCUCCUGCCAAAAUGUUGACUGAAGGUGGCUCUUUCAUGAAGGGGAUGAUGCUUGGAAGCCUCUUCUGCUUGGUUCUGUCAUUUAUAGGUAGUUUCAGCCCGAGCACAGAGUAUAAAGUGGAGGACCACCAUCAUCACCACGUCAAGGCACCAAGUAAAGAUGAGCUAAAACAACUCGGUGACAGUGAGAUGCAGGAGUUAAGCAAACAGGUGCAGGUGUACUGUGUAAUAAUGGUCCAGCCCAAGAUCCUUGUGUACUGGGCUACAGCUUUAGACACCUGGAGCAAGCACUGUGACAAACCUGUGUUUUAUACCUCAGAGAAUUCAAAGGCCCUUGAGGCAUUCGAUCUGAAUGAAAAAGAUGACUGGGCGAGGUUGCGUAAAGCUCUAAAGCACGCUUAUGAGAAUGCCGGGGACAUCCGAUGGUUCUUUGUGGCACAACCAACCACGUUUGCCAUCAUUGAAAACCUGAAACACCUGGUGCUCACAAAGGAUCCCAGCGAGCCCUUCUACCUGGGGAAUGCUAUGAAGUCAGGGGAGCUUGAUUAUGUGUCGUUUGAUAGCGGCAUUGUUCUGAGUUAUGAAGCUCUGAAACGGCUUGUGGAGGUGUUCAACGACCAAGACAAGUGUCCAGAAAAAAGGGGUGCCCUGUGGAAGAUGACCGAUGACAAGCAGCUGGCUGAGUGUCUCAAAUACAAAGGUGUGUUUGCUGAGAACGGUGAAGACGCUCAUGGCAAGGGCCUGUUCAACAGCAAGAGUGUGGAGAGCCUGAUAAAAGACGGCAUGAGGGACCACCCCAACAAUGUAGUGGAAGGCUGCUGCUCCGACAUGGCAGUCACAUUCACUGGGAUGUCCCCCAGUCAAAUGCAGGUCAUGAUGUUUGGCGUUUACAGACUUCGUCCUUAUGGACACGAUUUUCAUGAUCAUCUAGUAUUUUACCCUCCUGAAGGUUCGGACAAUGACUAGAGGACAAUUCCUUCAAACUGGACAUUGCUUUCACAUUUUUUAACUUCUGUGAUGGCACAUUUUAUUUUGGGGACAUAAUUUUUUUAUGCUCUUUGUAAAAGAUGAAUCUGUUGGGAACAAUACUUCUGUAUAUUUGUACCUUUUGCAACUGGCACAAUCAGAACUCAUGGUUUGUUUAUGUCUGUGACAAGAGUCUGUGGGUGUGCCAUCCAUUUAAUGAAACUACACCUGUAAAAUAUACCAUAUACACAGAAAUGAUUGUCUUAUUGUUGUUUUACAUAAUGUUUGUUUAAAGCUGUGAUGUAUUUAUUGAAUUAUUUGACUGUUGGUCCUUUGGUUUAUUAAUGAACUUUUUAGAGAGAGUACUUUGGUAAGUUUAGAAAUUAUAAUUUGUAAACUAUUAACAUGUCUUGGCCAACUUCCAAAUGAAGUGCAAGUCCAUGAUUUCCUCUGUCACUCAUUAUACAAAGAGCUGGUCUUUACAAAUAGGUGGAAAGAUGUAAAACUCAUUGUUACCCUAAGGGUACCAUGUAUUUCUUUUGUCACACAAACAUUAAAAAGUGUCUGUGGUAAUUCACACUGUAAAAAAUACUAGUGCAUGUGUUUAUUAAAAGGAUUUCUAAAACUGACUCAAAACA